AUGGAUCACCUGACUGCGCUCUGCCAUGAGAUUCGACGUCAAGGUGAAGUCCCGCAAGAUUUCAAAGACGCAAUCAUCGUGCAUCUCUGCAAGCGCAAACGGAAUCGCCAAGUCUGCGACAGUCACCGCGGCAUCCCCCUGCUAAACAUCGGCGGGAAGAUCUUCGCUCGCAUCCUGUUCAACCACCUCAAAAACCAUCUGGAACAGGGCCUUCUGCCGGAAAGCCAAUGCGGCUUCCGUCGUCAUCGUGGGACCAUGGAUAUGAUCUUCGCCGCCCGUCAACUUCAGGAGAAGUGUCAGGAGAUGCGGACCUACCUGUACUCUACCUUCGUGCACCUGACGAAAGCCUUCGACACGGUGAAUCGUGAAGGACUGUGGAAGAUCAUGCAGAAAUUCGGCUGUCCGGAGCGGUUCACUCAGAUGGUGCGUCAGCUGCACGACGGUAUGAUGGCGCGAGUCACGGACAACAGAGCUGUCUCAGAGGCAUUCGCAGUGACCAAUGGAGUGAAGCAAGGCUGCGUACUGGCGCCUACCCUCUUCAGUCUUAUGUUCUCUGCCAUGCUGAUGGACGCAUACCGCGACGAACGCCCCGGGAUCCGCAUCGCCUACAGGACGGACGGUCACCUGCUGAAUCAACGGCGGAUGCACUUCAAAGCACCAACCUACACCCACCGCACUCGCCUCCACUGCCCACACUGCCCUCGCACUUUCAGGCAUCGCAUGGGCCUUUUCGGCCACAUGCGCAUCCACGAGAGCGGCCUUGACCGCACUCCCGACACAACCACCACAUCCAACGCAUCCACCGUGCACACCCCCACCCUCGUUCCAUCCGUCCGCGAAACCACCACCACCACCACCGCCUCCUCUGUAGCUGACACUGACACCGCCGACUUCUCAUGCCCACACUGUGUACGCACAUUCAUCUCACGCAUCGGCCUGGUCGGUCACUUGUGA